AUGCUGAACGGCACCUGGAAGCUCAUCUUCACGGACGCCGCAGACGCGACCUUCAAGAAGGGCAGGCGCGGCGCGGCGACCACCUUCCAGGAGGUCGACGCCGAGGCGGGCUGGUUCGUCAACUGCGUCGACUUCAGCGGCGAGUCGAAACUGCGCGGCUUCCGCGUCUUCGUGGAAGGCGUCGCCCUGGGCGACGCCCAUCAGGAGAUGCAGCUGAACUUCCGCAAGGUCAAGCUUCUCCGGCGGUCGCGCUGGCUCCUCGGCACGAUCACCAUCCCGCUGCCUCCGCCGGGGCUCCUGCGCUGGAUCGGGAGCCUUUUCGCUCGCCGCAAGGGCGGGGAGGUGAACCCGAGCAGCCGCGGCGCGGGCUUCCAGCUGCUGUACGUCGACGACGACCUGCGCAUGCACCAACCUUCGACGGUCUGUACUUUGUGCAGAGGCGCCUCGGCUGAUACGCCCUCCGCCGCUGGCGCGCGAGAUGGGCGCGGCGGUGCCCGUUUUCUGACGUUCGCCCGCCCUCCCGACGGCGGCAGCGCCGCGCACCCGCGUGCUGCCCGCGGUGCCGUGGGCACGAUCGUUCUCGGCGCACCCGUUGGCAUCUGCGCGUCGCAGCGGGCAGCAUGUCCAGAUGGUCAUCGCCACGAUGCGCACUGUCGUCGGAUACAGCCAGGACCCUGGGGAAGGGGAGCCAGUCAGUGA